GUUGAACUUCAUAAACCAGAAGUGCCUGAGGUAUCUCUGAUGUUUGACACAGAUGACAGCCUUGUUUGGCAGCGUCCUGGAUUGAAGAAAAACAAAAAUGGUGGUUAUAAUUCUCCAAAUCUUCAGCAAGAGAAUGCAAAGUCAUUUCAUCAUUAUUUGAAUAGUUCAUCUGCUAAAGGAACUCCACCUUUUUGCCACAUCUCAGGCUUGUCUGGAGAAGAAAACUCUCCCAACUUAGUCAAAGGUACUGACAAAUUUCCAAGUGGAAACAGAUCUAAUAGUAAUAUUGCUGAGCAUUUUCCAAAGUCACAGACCAGUUCUGAUAAUAUGUGGGGUAGUGCCAUACCUAAGAAGCAAUAUAAUCCCAUGCUUUAUAGUCCCUCUCAUAGAAUGUUGGAAAAAAACCCUACAGAGGCUCAAAGUAAUCUUGUGAAGUACACAAACCUUCCAGCUGCAAAAAGUGAAAAUAUUUGCAAGUCUCCAUUAGUUUCAAAUAAUAUUCAUGUUGAAGCAGAUGGUGAAGCCAUAUAUAACAAGACUGUAUCUGGUGUAAAGAAAGGGGUUCAUUUUGGUAACAUUGUCACUUCUUCUUCAGAACCAGUUACCAGACUAGAAUUUAUUCCAGAACUAACUUCAGUAAGUCUCAGAGAAAGCUAUAAUAAUGUAGGUCCUCCUCAUGGUUCACAGAGUGAGGUAGGUGCCUUUAACACAAGAGUUGAUAUUCAGCCCAACAUAAGAUUUGCAAAUGUAUCACAGGAACCUCAUAAAUCUAUUGUCAAAGUUCCUAACACCAUUUUCAAAGAUUCACACUUUGACAAUGUCUACAGAGGUAAGGAACUUGCCACCAAUACUUUAGCAGGUGGGUACAGUCAUCAGUCCUACACUCAGCCCUAUUGUCCUCCUUCAUACCAGCCCUCAUCUGUAGGCAAGGACGUUAAACCAAUUGACUCGAAUGUUUACCAGUUAAUUGAAGAUCAAAAUCGUCACAUUAUUAAGCUUUACGAAACACUGGAAACCUUUUUGAAGAAAAAGGGGUCAGAUGAUGCCAAGGACAAUAAUAGCAAGAAAGAUGGUUCUGUUCAUCAGAAAAGAAAUGAUCAAGCAUGUAACUGCAGUUAUAGGCAUGUGUCUACACAGACAGUGACCUCAAAUAAUGCAAAUUUGCAAUCUGUAGGCACCAACACAGACAUUUCCUGGCCAGAUCUGUUAUCCACUAUUAAGCAAAAUGAACAGCCAUCAUCAGAUACUGGUGCAAUUAGAUUGCCUGCUAUGCAGAAAGAAAACAAUGAAGAAGAUUCACCAGCUGUCAAGGAACGUUUUUUAAAUGGCAGGCACCGGAGAGUUUCAGACUUGAAGAAAACUGGAAGCGAAAGAAAAGAGAUCUCAUUUACCAUGAGAGAAGUUGUCAUGGCAUCCAUACAGGAGUACCAACCAAGCCCUGAACCUUCGCUUCACAUCAACAUGGAGGAUUAUAAAGAUGCCAGUGAAUAUGAAGCUUACAAUGAAGAGUCAAGAGUACCCAGUGAUGCUGGUGAUUGUACAAGUUCUCCAGACCAGGGGGAGAGGGUUAGUUUUUGUGACAGAAAUAAUUCCCCUUAUCCUCAACAUAACCACCAUCAGGAGAGUCAAAAUAUUGUGCCUUCACCAGGGAAUCCACCCACCAAUACAUUUUAUAAUAAUGUUAUGGCAAACAUUCAACAGAUUCUUCAAAACUCUAGAUCAGCUGAUGAUGAUGAUGGAGAGGAGGCAGAGGAAGAAGUGGAGACCAGAAAGCAAAGGCUUCAUAACAAGGCAGAGCAGCAACAACAUUCCUCACAGCAAGAAGAGUUGCAUGAUCCACAAGUAGAGGCUAUUAGGCACCAGCUUUCACAGUUUGGUGUUAGUUGCAUUGAUCCUGCAUCUUUUGUUCCAGGCCAUAGGCCUGUGCCUGAUACAUUCUGUCUUCCUGGAGUACACAAUAUGCUGUCCGUUUAUCAGAGCACCAUAGUGUCUCCUUAUCGCCCUGGCUUCAAGGAAUCUGUGGUUGCCAAAUACAUGACAGAUAUGCAGCUAGCUACCAUUGCAUCCAGGUCAACAGCAAUGAGGAAUCUAAAUCUAAAAGCAACUGGUGCACGAGAAAGGGAACUGUCAGCAGCACCUGAUCCAAGCAGUCGCUUUGGAGUUCCAGAUUAUUUAUCUUCCGGUAAAGAAUACUCUAGUUACGAUGAUAAUCUGUCUAUAGCGACAAAGAAUUUUUUAGGAAAGUAUGGCUUAGGAGGGAAUGAAUAAAUCCUUUGUUAUGGUACAUCUUGGGUUGGUGGAUGGGUGGUUAAAAUGUGCUAGCUACUGGAGUGUUUUAAUUUCAAGAUGUCACCAUAGAAAUUGUGCCAAAACAUCGCAGAUGUUCCUGUAACUUCUGUUUUAAAGUUCCUUGUAACUAUUCAAGGGGUAAUCACAAAUCAUAUUAUCUUUUAUCAAGGCAGUCUCUCAAAAUAUUCUCACUCCAACACAAUACAGAAUAUGGAUGUGUGGAUGUGGAACGAGGUAGAAAAUUGUUAGUGUUAGGGCUAGAGAAUUGGUGCUAAAUGAUUUUCCAUGCAAGUCAUAGGCUGUCCAUUGUGUUUUCUAUUAUAGUUCAAUAAAAUUGAUGCAUCAGUGUAUGAUUCUGAUGUUUGCUUAUUAUUUGAGGCAUAUUAGUGUCAUAUUUGGAGCUUAUUUUUACUAGUCCUAUUUAUUAUUAUUUUAUCAUCACUAGUCUGGAAAUGAUUGCCUAUCAUACUCUUUGUGCUUCACUCAUCAUCCCUUCUCACUUUUCAUCCAUGCUGUUCUUGAAGCUUGAAGUUAAAUACUGCUUUUAAUAAUAUAAAUGGAAUAGAGUACUAUAAGAGAAAAUUGUAUAUAAAAAUAUUGAUAAGAAAAGUGUAGCUUUAUAAGAACCACCAGUACGUAUCAGUCUCUUGAUACUGUACUGACCCUGAAGAUUAGCUUUAGUUAUCUGUAUGGCAAAUGCAGUGUAUAUUUUUUGAAGUUUUGUAUAAAUUUUAUAUUUUAACCAAAGGUACCAUAAAUAAAGUUGCAAUACUAAUUGCCAGGGCAGAAUCCUAUUUUUUAUUUUCAUGUUUUUCUGUUUCCAUUGAUCUCCAGUAACAUGAAACAAUAUUUAAUACAAAUGAAAAUAAUCUUUCACAAGAAGGAGUAAAAAUAUCUCUUGUUUCUACAUGUAACUUAGAACAUAAAAGAUUUUGUAAGAAAAAUAACACUUGUUAUACAGUGUGUUUAUGCAGUACUAUUGACUUCUGAUAAGAAAAUACCAUGGGUAUAUGGUUCUUCUUUACAGUACAUAUUCCCAGUAGGAUUUAUCUAUUUUGAAAAUGUUUUGCUAUAGAGAAUUUUCAAGCUGCUAAAGACCAAAGCACACUGCAUAUUCAUUUGGCUGGUUAGAUAUUUGUAGACCCAGCUCAUGAUCUUUUGUUCAUUCUUCAUAAAAGAUCAUGUCAUUUCAGGUCCAUUUGUAUCUUCAAAUAUUUCUCCAGUUUAUCCGGCGAAUAUAGUUAAUUUUUGUCUCGUAAAUUUUGUGGGAAUUCAGAUAAAAGAAUUAUUAUUAGUUAGUUUAACCUGACCACUGAACUAGCUUAUGUAGUUCUCAUAGGGCUAGCCUGAACGAUUUGUCUUUUUUAAUUAAGAAAUAUCCUGUGUAAUGAAUUCUUGUUUUGUGUGGUUGCUAUAGUCUGAAAUAUAGUUACCUAAUAUGUAUUUGGUUUUCAGCCUAGCUACUCAAUUUUUUUUUUACCCACAAAUAAUAAUACAAAAUUGU